AUGUUCAGCGACUACGCCCUUAGAACUACGAAAGAAUUAGAUCCUCAGCCUCAGCUGAAGUUCGAAAACAAUCCAGAGUACCCUUUCACUUCACGCGCCACGAGCCUCGAUGGAUGGAGACUGACUGCGGAGGACGGGCUCGGACGAUUGAAGUGGAAAUACUUGACAACGGAUGCAGAGCGUGAAGCACAACCACAAGAUAAGACGUCGAAAUUUUUCCUUGACAUCCCUUUUACCGAAUCUUCCAACCGCAAGCCCGCUUGGAAGCCAUCGGAGGCAGCCAGGAAUGGAGCGUUGUUCCACAGUCAACUUCAGGUGAAAGACCUGGGCUGCUGGGCUGCUGACUUGAGCUGCAUUUUCUUUGUAACUCCGAUGCUUAUUAUUUCCUGGUACAUUACACAAGUCACGAUCGAUGAGGCACAUGCUAUCGAGCUUGUCAACUUCAUUCUUCGAGCCCAGAACCCGGACGGCGGAUGGGCCACCUAUGGAGGCCAGGGCACGACACUGAUGGGGACCGUUCUAAUAUAUGUGGCGCUGCGCCUGAUGGGUCUUUCUGCAGAUCAUGAGCGUCUAGUCGAAGCGAGAAGAUGUCUGUUAGACAUGGGCGGUGCUGUCUAUCUGCCAGGUUGGGCCAAGUUUUGGCUUGCUCUCCUAGGCCUAUACAAAUGGGAAGGCACAGACCCGUAUCCUGUUGAAAUGUGGCUUCUUCCGGAAUGGCUACCGAUCAGUCCCUGGAAAUGGUACAUUAUUCCUCGACAUGUGUAUCUGGUUAUGAGCUAUCUCUCAGCGAAGCGGUUCACCAUGCCGACGAAUCCUCUCCUGGAGCAACUGCGGACUGAGAUCUUCGUCCAACCAUAUGAGUCCAUUGACUUCGUUGCGUUCCGCGGUGUGACCUUUCAACGCUCUCGCGAGGUGCGCAAGAGCUGGGUACUCAACGCACUGAACUGGUUUAUCGACAACGUUUGGAUUCCAUGGUUUCGUCCUCGCGGCUUGGCCGAGAUGGGCGAGGAAAAGGUAUGGAGAAUUAUCGAGGAGCUAGAACAGAUCAACAACUCUGUCGGGAUCGUAAGCGUGGAUGCAUUCCUGAAUAUGAUCGCAUUCUAUUGCAAAGAAGGGCCAGACUCGAAGGCUCUGGCUAGAACUCAGAACGCCAGUUUCGAAUAUCUCUGGAUGGGCCCCAGCGGGAUGCAAGUGAUGAGCAUUCACGCUGGGCACACAUGGGAGACAGGUUUCGCACUUCAGGCCUACGCCGAGUCAGGACUUGCCAAUACUCCUGACAUCCGACCAGCUGCCCAGCGAGCGUAUAAAUUCCUGGUGGACCAGCAAUAUUUGGACGACUGGGACGAGGCUUCGUCUUGCGAUUGCUUUAGCCGGCUGGGCGGCUGGCCAUUCUCGAGUCAAUACCAUGGGUUUUCGUGCUCAGAUUGUACUGGGGAAGCGCUCAAAGCGAUCCUGCUGAUUGAGAGGAACACGGAUAUCCCAAAACUUACAGACGAGCGCAAUCUGCAACUUGCUGUAGACAACCUGAUCAUGAUCCAGAACCCGAGUGGUGGGUACAGCAGCUUUGAGCCUAUCCGCGGGAGCGAGCUUCUCGAGUGCAUGAACGGCACGGAGCUGUUCCAAAAUGUCAUGGUUGAAUUUGACUACGUCGAGUGCACAUCAUCAUGUAUCACUGCACUUGCAUUAUACCGAGCUCACAAUCCUGCCUAUCGCGCUCGGGAUGUUGCUCGCACAAUCAACAAGGGGAUUCGGUACAUCCUAAGCCGUCAGGGUCUGGACGGCAGCUGGCUUUCAUCCUGGGGUAUUGCAUACACAUACGGGGCUUUCUUUGCUAUGGAAGCGCUAGCUUGCGUUGGUUUGACGUAUGAAAAUAAUGACUCCGUCAAGCGAGGUUGCAACUUCCUACUGGGUAAGCAGCAGGCCGACGGGGGCUGGGGGGAGAAGAUCGACUCUAUUAUGACCAAAUCCUACGUGCAGGCAGCACAGUCGCACACUGUACAAACUGCGUGGAUCUGUCUGGCCCUAAUGCAUGUUCGCUAUCCAGACCCAGAGCCUAUCCGGAGAGGGAUACGGCUUAUCAUGAGUCGCCAGAAUGCAAAUGGCGAGUGGAAGCAGGAGAAUGCAGUAGGAAGCGGCAUAGUUACAUGUGAGCUUCUGUAUCACAACUACAUCUAUUCUUUCCCGAUACGGGCUCUAUCGAUGUAUGCAGAGCGAUAUGGCGAUGACGCCAUCAUUGAAUAG